AUGGCUCAGCUGCCAAUGCGGUUUCCAUGCUGGUGUCGAGCAGUAUAUUCAUGGGGUGGGGAGACAACACGAGAUCUGGGAUUUGUGGAGGGUGAUUUGAUCGAAUGUUUGAAUGCCGGCGAUGGACAAUGGUGGAUGGGUCGAUUGCGCCGUGAUAGGCGCGCGGUUGGGCUGUUUCCAUCCAAUUUUGUCGAACUUUUGAGCGAGGAUUUUGUGCCCGUGAGCCGUGACACUAGUCCGAUGGUGCUAGCAGGAUCUUCUCCGAUAAAUAAUCCCACAUCAGCCCCCAAGAAACAGAAAACCGUUUGGCGGAAACCCUUCCAGGCGCAUAAAGAAGCCGUGUCGCCAGCGUCAGCUGCUCGGCGCGCAACCGAGUCUAGUCCAGCAGCACCUGCGAUCCCCCAGACACCACCCCGAGAUGGCAGUCUUCAAAGGAGGACGAAGCCAUUGCGCACGCAUGCGACAGCAGUUAAAAACCAAGGCUCGCUUUCUCGACCUACAUCAUCGGUAUCCCGGCCUUUAUCACGCGGAAUCUCUCCUCGGUCGUCUGUAGAGCCAGAGCGGUCGCCAUCGAUGAUGCCGAGGGGUGGCAUCUCAUCCUCUCGGCCUUCAUCGCGCGAGCCGUCUCCGUUCCAGACACAGGAACGUGCAUCCACAAUGAUGUCGAAGGGUAACAUUUCGUCUAAUCGCCCCCUGUCCCGUGAUCCUUCUCCUUUGCCAUUGCACGAGCAAUCGUCUGCAAUGAUUUCCCGGGGCAGUGGCCCAUCUUAUCGGGGUUCAUCUCGUGAGCCCUCUCCGUUACAAAUACAAGAUUACCCGCCACCGACUAUACCAUAUGGAACUAUUUCAUCUUACCGUGGUUCAUCACGUGAACCAUCCCCAUUGCAAAUGCAAGAAUACCCGCCUCCGACGAUGUCCCAUGGGAAUAUUCCAUAUCAACCACCGUCGCGUGAGCCAUCACCACUUCCAAUGCAGGAGCAUGUGUCUGCGACAGCUUCACACGGUAGUAUGUACCGGGCUCCCUCGCGUGGGCCAUCUCCAUUAUACAUGCAAGAUCAUCCGCCUGCGACCAUGCCACAUGGUAGUAUGUCAUCUUAUCGAGCCCCAUCCCCACUACCCACGCAGGAUUAUUCCUCUGCAAUGGUUCCGACCGGGCGUAUGUCUUCCUACCGGGUCCCAUCGCGAGGACCAUCUCCAUCGCCAAUGCACGAGCAUGCGUCUGCAACGGGUUCACACGGCAGUAGAUACCGGGCUCCAUCGCGUGGACCAUCUCCAUCGCCAAUGCACGAGCAUGCGUCCACGAUGAGUUCACACGGCAGUAGGUACCGGGCUCCAUCGCGUGGAACAUCUCCAUCGCCAAGGCACGAGCAUGCGUCUUCGACGGGUUCACAUGGCAGUAGAUACCGGGCUCCAUCGCGAGGGCCAUCUCCAUCGCCAAUGCAAGAGCAUUCGUCUGCAAUGGUUUCACACGAUGAUAUGUACCGAGCUUCAUCGCGUGGGCCAUCUCCAUUAUACAUGCAAGAUCAUCCACCUGUGCCCAUGCCGCAUGGUGAUAUGCCAUCUUACCGGGCUCCCUCGCCAUUGCCAAUGCAAACCUACUCAUCUGCGAUUGUCCCGCACGGGCGUAUUGCUUCUUACCAGAACGGCGCAUCUCGUGAGCCUUCCCCAGUACAUAUGCAGGACGAGCGAGAGGACUCUCCACCUCCUCCCCCACCGCCACACCGAGUGGCCCUCAACCGUGCGGAGAUGCGCUCUCCGCAGCCGCCAAUGCAUUCUCAUCUACGAAGUCAUUCGCCUCAACCACCCGCACAUUCCUCCCGCCACCGCGCACACUCUCCUCGACCGCCGUCCCAUUCUCCUGGUCCAUCACGAUCCCCCACGCCAUUAGUUAUGAAUGAUCGUUACGUGAUUAUUGACCGCACUCCAUCCCCAUCGGCAGCGUCCACACGUUCUGCUACUUCAGCUCAUUCAGACCUUCAUGGCAAUACACCAUCUCCGCUUCGGGAUGCCAUGGAAGAUGUCAUGACUUCAUUGGAAGAUAUGGGUCUUCCACGUGAAGCCCAGUCGCCUUCUCCGUCACCAAUGUUUAACAACCCAUGGGCCCCGGAAGAGUUUGAUACCUCACACGAAAGGACUCCCCAAGGGAACAGACGCAGGCCUUUGACAUCAAUGGGCUUUGACGGGGACAAGGAACAACCGCAAGGUGGGCUGGCCCAUCGAAACGGUGUUUAUAGCCAUGACCACAUGGAUGGUCCGCCUCAGCUCAAUAACUAUGUUCAAAGAAUGGAAAGCCGGCUGCGUCAAUUAGAAAACCAGAAUCGGUCCUCCGAGGACCGACGAGGUGGCCAGGACGAUGAUGAUGGUGGGCCUCCUCCGCCUCCUCCAAAACAUGCCACCUACCACCCGCGCAAUAACUCGAUUCCAGGACAAUAUGCUCCGCUCAAGGCACGUCGUUCUGGUCACGACCUACGAGGAGACAUUCUCAACCGGUCAUUUACCAAUAAAUCCAGUACCACAAAUUCCUCCAGUGGGGUUCAGAGCAAUGGAACAUCCAUGACGACGAGCACGGACAAGACCAAUCCUAGUGUUAUGAGUGGGUUCUCCGCGGGAGGAUUUAGUGCGACGAGCGCAGGGAGCUAUGCCAGGCGAUCUGGAAGCGAGAGGCCUAAUACUGCUAUGGACACUGUCCGUUCUCGGGGAUUUAGCGACGUACGCCCGGAGACACCUUUCACAGGUGUUUCGUAUCACUCGAGUCAUAACUCAUCUCGUCAGGGUGCGUCAUCGGCUAUUCCGUGGUCAUCUACUGGUCUCGACUCGACAGAUCAUAGCGGAGUCUUUGGUGGACUUACUACUCCAAAGUCUAAAAAGCCAGGGUUCUUCAAAAAGAUAUUCGAAACGGCCAAGACUGGUGCAGCGAGCGCAAGGAGUAGUAUCUCCGUUGGUCACAGUGAGAGAGCUAGUUCUCCAACCAAAAGCAACAGAGGGAUAGACGUUGUGUCGCCAGCUUUGACGUCUCACUCCAAUCGUGAUAGUGUUCGCGAUAUGGGACUCGGAACUAAUAGCAUUGACUGGGUUCAAGUCCGCCGAGAUGUUAACCGAGCAUCGUCGCCUAGUCGAAACGAGAGGAUCGAAAGGGCAGAGCGGUGUCAGAUGGUGGAUCACCCUGUCAUCUACUCCGUGGAGGAGUUGUAUGAUACCGCGGAAGGAGACGAAAGCAUCGACGGGCAACCGAUCACUGAACCGACGAACUUCCACGCAGCGAACCUUAACCUCGUUGAUAAGAGUGCACGCUUCAUCAGCAGUCUUCCUCCAUUAACGAACCCCAUGAGUCUUGCGCAAUCAUACAUAUGUCGACCCUACAAGAGUGACGUUCAACGUCUUCGGGCCAUCUUUACCUGGGUAAGCGAAAAGAUCUCGUGGGAGGAACCUGUCGACGGUCUCGAAGUCGACAUGAAGAGACUUCUACAGGCGAAACGAGGUACACCCGAGGAAAUCGCAGUCUUGGUGCACGAGAUGUGCGCCGCCGUAGGGCUACAUACAGAAGUCAUCCGAGGGUUCCUCAAGAGCCCGGGCGACAGCCUCGAUUUGGAAAGCCUUUCCCACCCCAAUCACUGGUGGAAUUCAGUCAUGGUUGAUGGUGAAUGGCGGUUUAUGGAUUGCGCGCUUGCAAACCCCACGAACCCUCAACGCAGUAGAUUCGUUUCCAACAACUCCUCUGUAGCAGAGAGCUGGUACUUCCUCACUCGCCCGCUUGAUUUCUGCUACACCCACGUCCCGCUCUAUCCCGAAGAACAGCACAUCUGUCCACCCAUUUCACCAGAUGUUCUACUCUCCCUGCCUGCCGUGUGUCCGCCUUACUUCAAACUCAACGUCCAGAUGCCAGAUUAUGACACAAGUCUGCUCCGUCUUGAGGGACUAGAGGUCAUGCAAUUGCGCAUGAUAGUCCCUCAGGAUGUCGAAUGUGCCGCGGAAGUCGAAGCCCCGGCAUUUGCGCGCGACGCAGAUGGUGAUGUCUUCGAAAGCGGAGAUAUUGUGCGCAAGCGCGCAUUGGUCCAGCCGGACUGGUUCCGAGGCCGGAAGCGCAUCACUAUCAAGGCUGUACUACCAGGGGACGAAGGCCAGGCUGUACUCAAGGUCUAUGCAGGCAAGAAAGGGCUAAUGCACUCGAGCCGCGAUAUCCCACAUCCACUAGCUUUCGCUCUACCUAUCAUCCACACCGGAGAGAAUCCAUCCUACGACUUUGUGCUCCGCCAUCCAACACCUCACGCCCAGCGACACGACUUGUACAUUAUGCAGCCCCAAUGCUCUCGCCUGGCAGUAAACAACACUUUCGUCUUCGCUGUCCGACAACACCCCGCCGCUCCCGGUUCCAGCAAGGACGAGUCAAUUUCCAACGGUCGUGGCUCGCCCUCGUCCGUCUUUACUCGCCCAUCAAGUGCGUUGAGCAUGGUAUCCAGUACGGCGGGCGGAUCAACUGUGUCAGGUGCCUCGAACGAGUUUUCAGCCUCGACGUCAGUUAUCUCCAACAAAUCCGCGUCCGGGCAACACAAAGCUGCAAAACUCGCGAUCCAGUCUCCAUCAGGCAAGAUCCUGCGUCUCACCCGUAAAGCCGAGCAUAUGAUCAGCUCCGAUACAGGCACUGAGUCUGUGACCGAUGCUGUCGCUGAGGGCAGCGUUUGGGAGACUGUGAUCAAGAUCGGCGAGCGUGGUAUGUGGCGUGGUCUGGUAUUAGCCGAUCGAGCCGCGCGCUGGUGUGUAUUCUGCGAAUGGGAAUGUGUUUGA